AGGGCUUAGUACCUGGACGGUGCCUUAAGGACCUUAAGGUCUGUAAAGGUUUACUGAGAAGGGGAAAACCAAGCACCCAACGCCGUCGUUGCUAUCAUCGCGUCGCGGAUGGCUCGUCGUACCGUUGAUGCUGUCAUCUUGCUGCGGACGGCUUAUCGCGGCGUCGGUCCCGUCAUCGUGCCGCGGACGGUUUUCGCGUCGCGAUACAAGUGCGGAAGUAUUUUUAAAAGUACGGGAGUGCCUUUUAAAGUAUCGCGCGUGUGAAUCAACCUGAGAGGAGGAGGAGGCCUAGGAGAGGCAUCCUGCACCGGCGGAGCAACCCAAGGACAACGUAGCUUCAAGACCAAAUCUCCGCUGUUGCGCAUCAGUGCCGUUCUAGGUUUUGAUAAUGAAUUACUGUUGACACACAAGAUUAUCGUAAGAAAUCAUAAAAAAGAAACGUUUUUUAUGUGCAAAGUUAGUUUUUGUGAUAUAAUUUCGUUUGCCAAAAGUGCCAGUGAAUUUAUUUACGAGUAUAAUUUCUCUGUGUAAGACGAAAAUAAAAAUAAAAAGUGCUACAAUAACAAACCGUAUUGUGAGAAAGAAAGAUCACUUGGCGUGUAUCGUUCGUAAGCUGGCCGCGUGCACAAUGCAACUGUUCGCCAUGCCCGAUACAAUCGCAUCCUAUUAAUGAAUGCAGUUCGCAUCUGCAGCACGCGCGUUAAGAUCGUUACGAAAUCUCGCGUCACGUGUGCGAGAAUCGAAAGCUAGGCGGAAGGAAGGAAGGAAAUAAGUAAAGUGUAGUAAGAAAGGAAGGAAGAGGAGAAAGCACGUGCGUUAAGCAUUAUUAAACUUCUCGCGCUCUAAUCCGGGUGUAACGCGCGCGCGGUUUACGUGGUUGGAACGAAAACUAUGCGGCACGAUGAAGGGGCCAAGAAGAAUCGGUGGUGGCCUACCGAGCGGGAGAAAGCUGGACUACUGCCAGAAGGUGUGUCAAGCUCGAGGAAUAUUGCUGGUGUACUUGACUAUCUGCGCUUCGCUGCCGGGUACUAUUUUCACUGCGCCAGCACACGCACGCGAAACAUUGAAGGAAGGUGCGCAAAAGCAUUUAAACAAUGCCAAUAAUGAUUUGAUGGAAGAUUUGACCAUUUUCGAGCCGACAGCAGCGAACGUCAGUGCAUUUGUAGGGCACACCGCAUAUCUACCAUGCCGCGUGCGAAAUUUGGGCGACAAAGUAGUUUCCUGGAUGAGAAGCAGGGACCUCCAUAUUCUCACUUCGGGAAAUUUCUCGUUCAGCUCGGAUGCGCGAUUCGGAGCCCAGCAUACGCCAGGCAGCGAUGCCUGGACUCUCAGGCUGGAUAACGCCAGAAAGACGGAUUCUGGCAAGUACGAGUGCCAGGUCAAUACGGAACCUAAGAUCAUGUAUGCAGUGCAGCUCUCAGUACGAGAUCCGGAUAAAUCGGAAGGGCAUGACGAGCCAUAUUCUCAGCAAACGCGUAUAAGUUAUGAGAGUACAGCUCCGGUGGCGGAUAUAAUAGGACCCCAGGAGCAAAGGGUGCCAUCGGGCUCGACGAUCACCCUGAGGUGCGUCAUAUUGUCGCCGUAUCAGACCCGUCCCAUCAGGGGUGUACAAUGGCUUCGGGAUAACAAACUCCUAACAUUCCAGGCAGCGCGCGGAGGAAUAAAUGUGGAGACCGUAAGGGAUGCGGCACGUACAGUAUCUGUGUUGACUUUGGCGGCGGUGACGCAAGAUGACGUCGGAAACUAUUCAUGCAGGCCGACGGAGGGACGAUCAGAUACUGUCACCUUAGUCGUUGAGGAAGGAGAACGCACGGAAGCCAUGCAACGUGACGCCGGAUACGUCUCUUCCGGAAGUAACGUCAGACACUGGCCCGGACUUCUGCUUCCGUUUCCAUGGCUUCUAAUACUCGCGAGCAACAGCCAAACUUUCUUGCUCUAGCACACACUCGACAGUAUUUCACGCUUAUUUCUUGCCGUUUCCAAUGCUAAAAUGUACCUAAAAUGUGACGAAGCCGAUUUAGAUAGUAAGAUUGACUUUUAGAUCUUAAAAAUAUAUUUAUAAAUCAUGUACUGAUAUGUCAGACGUAAUAUGCACUCCCCCUUUCCCGAAAGUAGCUAUUCAAUUCGUAAAAAAGAGAUUAUGCAAUUCAGAAAUUGCAAAAUUAUUUAUAUAUUUUACAUAAUAAAGUUAUUGAGCUUGGUCUGAUCAGGGAAAUCUCGUAAAAAUGUUCUAUACAUCUUAUCAGAGAGAAUCGCAAACUCUCGCGUAAAAAUAUAAAUCACAAAAAUUUAUGAUCAAAUUGAUAGUUACAUCACGAUCAGUUAAUUAGAUUAAAUAAAUAAUUAGAUUAAAUUAAAUAACAUAGCUCCUUAGAGUAUAACGCGAUCGAAGAGUUGAAAUAAUAUAAGAGUGUAAAAUAAUACAUGUUACAUGAAAGAAAACGCAUCUCAGUCUUUCUCGUUGAUCGUAUUUUAAGUCCUCAAUUUUAUUUUUCUCUAAUAAAAGUACAAUAAAUUUUAUACGUCUACUCCUCGAUCGUAUAUAAGAAAAUGACAAGUAAUUUGUGGGAAUUUAAUACAAUUGGUGAU